AUGGCCUCGGCUGGUAACGCCGCCGAGCCCCAGGCCCGCGGCGGGGGCGGCGGGGCCCCGGGCCGGCCGGCCGGCGGGGGAAGGCGCAGACGCGCGGGGGGGCCGCGCCGCCACGCCGCGCCGGACCGGGACUAUCUGCACCGGCCCAGCUACUGCGACGCCGCCUUCGCUCUGGAGCAGAUUUCCAAGGGGAAGGCGACCGGCCGGAAAGCUCCGCUGUGGCUGAGAGCGAAGUUUCAGAGACUCUUGUUUAAACUGGGUUGUUACAUUCAAAAGAACUGCGGCAAGUUCUUGGUGGUGGGCCUCCUCAUAUUCGGGGCCUUCGCGGUGGGAUUAAAGGCAGCUAACCUCGAGACCAACGUGGAGGAGCUGUGGGUGGAAGUUGGUGGACGAGUAAGUCGUGAAUUAAAUUAUACUCGCCAGAAGAUUGGAGAAGAGGCAAUGUUCAAUCCUCAACUCAUGAUUCAGACCCCUAAAGAAGAAGGCGCCAAUGUCCUUACCACAGAAGCACUCCGACAACACCUGGACUCGGCGCUGCAGGCCAGCCGGGUCCAUGUAUAUAUGUAUAACAGGCAGUGGAAAUUGGAACAUUUGUGUUACAAAUCUGGAGAACUUAUCACAGAGACAGGCUACAUGGAUCAGAUAAUAGAAUAUCUUUACCCUUGUUUAAUUAUUACACCUUUGGACUGCUUCUGGGAGGGGGCGAAGUUACAAUCUGGGACAGCAUAUCUACUAGGUAAGCCUCCUUUGCAGUGGACAAACUUUGACCCUUUGGAAUUCCUAGAAGAAUUAAAGAAAAUAAACUAUCAGGUGGACAGCUGGGAGGAAAUGCUGAAUAAGGCUGAAGUUGGUCAUGGUUACAUGGACCGGCCCUGCCUCAAUCCUGCUGAUCCCGAUUGCCCGUCUACAGCCCCCAAUAAAAAUGCAACCAAGCCUCUUGAUAUGGCCCUUGUUUUGAAUGGUGGAUGUCAUGGAUUAUCCAGAAAGUAUAUGCACUGGCAAGAAGAAUUGAUUGUGGGUGGCACAGUCAAGAACAGCACUGGGAAACUUGUCAGCGCCCAUGCCUUGCAGACCAUGUUUCAGUUAAUGACACCCAAGCAAAUGUAUGAACAUUUCAAGGGAUAUGACUAUGUCUCUCACAUCAACUGGAAUGAGGACAAGGCAGCGGCCAUCCUGGAAGCUUGGCAGAGGACAUAUGUGGAGGUGGUUCAUCAAAGUGUUGCCCAGAAUUCUACUCAGAAGGUGCUCUCCUUUACCACGACGACCCUGGACGACAUCCUGAAGUCCUUCUCUGAUGUCAGCGUCAUUCGAGUGGCCAGCGGCUACCUACUCAUGCUUGCCUAUGCCUGUUUAACCAUGCUGCGCUGGGACUGCUCCAAGUCCCAGGGUGCCGUGGGGCUGGCUGGCGUCCUGUUGGUUGCACUGUCAGUGGCUGCAGGAUUGGGCCUGUGCUCAUUGAUCGGGAUUUCCUUUAACGCUGCAACAACUCAGGUUUUGCCAUUUCUUGCUCUUGGUGUUGGUGUGGAUGAUGUUUUCCUUCUGGCACACGCAUUUAGUGAAACAGGACAGAAUAAAAGAAUCCCUUUUGAGGACAGGACCGGGGAGUGCCUCAAGCGCACGGGAGCCAGUGUGGCCCUCACAUCCAUCAGCAACGUCACCGCCUUCUUUAUGGCUGCGCUAAUCCCCAUCCCUGCUCUGCGGGCCUUCUCCCUUCAGGCCGCUGUAGUAGUGGUCUUCAAUUUUGCUAUGGUUCUGCUCAUUUUUCCUGCAAUUCUCAGCAUGGAUUUGUACCGACGUGAAGACAGGAGAUUGGAUAUAUUCUGCUGUUUCACCAGCCCCUGUGUCAGCAGGGUGAUUCAGGUUGAACCUCAGGCCUACGCGGAGACUCAGGAGAAUACCCGCUACAGCCCCCCACCUCCCUACAGCAGCCACAGCUUUGCCCACGAAACACAGAUCACCAUGCAGUCCACGGUGCAGCUGCGCACAGAGUACGACCCCCACACGCACGUGUACUACACCACUGCCGAGCCGCGCUCCGAGAUCUCCGUGCAGCCUGUCUCCCUGCCCCAGGACACCCUUAGCUGCCAGAGCCCCGAGAGUACCAGCUCCACCCGGGACCUGCUCUCCCAGUUCUCAGAUGCCAGCCUCCACUGUUUGGAACCCCCCUGCACCAAGUGGACCCUCUCAUCUUUUGCAGAGAAACACUAUGCUCCUUUCCUCUUAAAACCAAAAGCCAAGGUGGUCGUGAUCUUCCUUUUCCUGGGCUUGCUGGGAGUCAGUCUGUACGGGACCACACGAGUGCGCGAUGGGCUGGAUCUUACAGACAUUGUGCCUCGGGAGACCAGAGAAUAUGACUUUAUUGCUGCACAGUUCAAAUACUUUUCUUUCUACAACAUGUAUAUAGUCACCCAGAAAGCAGACUACCCGAAUAUCCAGCACUUACUGUAUGAUCUCCAUAAGAGUUUCAGUAAUGUGAAGUAUGUCAUGUUGGAAGAAAAUAAACAGCUUCCCAAAAUGUGGCUGCACUACUUCAGAGACUGGCUGCAAGGACUUCAGGAUGCAUUUGACAGUGACUGGGAAACUGGGAAAAUCAUGCCAAACAAUUACAAAAAUGGAUCAGAUGAUGGAGUCCUUGCCUACAAGCUCCUGGUACAAACUGGCAGCCGUGAUAAACCCAUCGACAUCAGUCAGUUGACUAAACGGCGCCUGGUGGAUGCAGAUGGCAUCAUUAAUCCCAGUGCUUUCUACAUCUACCUGACCGCUUGGGUCAGCAAUGACCCUGUGGCUUACGCAGCCUCCCAGGCCAACAUCCGGCCUCACCGUCCGGAGUGGGUCCACGACAAAGCUGACUACAUGCCAGAAACCAGGCUGAGAAUCCCUGCAGCAGAGCCCAUCGAAUAUGCUCAGUUCCCUUUCUACCUCAAUGGCUUGCGUGACACCUCAGACUUUGUGGAAGCGAUCGAAAAAGUCCGAACCAUCUGCAACAACUACACGAGCCUGGGGCUCUCAAGCUACCCCAACGGGUACCCCUUCCUCUUCUGGGAGCAGUACAUUGGCCUCCGCCACUGGCUCCUGCUGUCCAUCAGCGUGGUGCUGGCCUGCACGUUUCUGGUUUGUGCUGUCUUCCUCCUGAACCCCUGGACGGCUGGGAUCAUUGUGACAGUCCUGGCUCUAAUGACGGUGGAACUCUUCGGCAUGAUGGGCCUCAUUGGAAUCAAGCUGAGUGCUGUGCCUGUAGUCAUCCUGAUCGCAUCUGUCGGCAUCGGAGUAGAAUUCACUGUUCACGUGGCUUUGGCCUUUCUAACAGCCAUCGGCGAUAAGAACCGCAGGGCUGUGCUUGCCCUGGAGCACAUGUUUGCACCUGUUCUGGACGGUGCUGUUUCCACUCUGCUGGGAGUGCUGAUGCUCGCAGGAUCCGAGUUUGACUUCAUUGUCAGGUAUUUCUUUGCUGUCCUGGCAAUCCUGACGAUCCUGGGUGUUCUCAAUGGGCUGGUUUUGCUUCCAGUUCUUUUGUCCUUCUUUGGACCGUACCCUGAGGUGUCUCCGGCCAAUGGGCUGAACCGGUUGCCCACCCCUUCCCCCGAGCCGCCCCCCAGCGUGGUCCGGUUUGCCGUGCCCCCUGGUCACACGAACAACGGGUCUGACUCCUCUGACUCAGAGUACAGUUCUCAGACGACAGUGUCAGGCAUCAGUGAGGAACUUCGGCACUAUGAGGCCCAGCAGGGCACUAGGGGCCCUGCACACCAAGUGAUCGUGGAGGCCACAGAAAACCCUGUCUUCGCCCGCUCCACUGUGGUCCCUCCUGAAGCAAGACAUCACCCACCCUCAAACACUCGACAGCAGCUCCACUUGGACUCAGGGUCCCUGCCGCCUAGACGGCCAGGCCAGCAGCCCCGGAGGGAACCCCCCAGAGAAGGCUUUCGGCCACCUCCCUAUAGACCGCGCAGAGACGCUUUUGAAAUUUCUACUGAAGGGCAUUCUGGCCCUAGCAGCAGGGACCAAACGGGCCCCCGGGGAGCCCGCUCUCACCACUCACGGCACCCAGUGUUCACUGCCAUGGGCAGUUCUGUGCCCGGCUACUGCCAGCCCAUCACCACGGUGACGGCCUCGGCAUCUGUGACUGUUGCUGUGCAUCCCCCGCCUGCUCCUGGGCCGGGGCCCAGUUGGAACACCCGAGGGGGGCUGUGUCCAGGCUACGAGGACUACCCUGAAACUGAUCACAGGCUGUUUGAGGACCCCCAUGUGCCUUUUAACGUCCGGUGUGAGAGGAGGGAUUCCAAGGUGGAAGUCAUAGAGCUGCAAGACGUGGAAUGUGAGGAGAGGCCCCGGGGAAACAGCUCCAACUGAGGGUGAGUAAAAUCUGAAGCAAAGAGGCCAAAGAUUGGAAACCCCCCGCCCCCUGCCCCCACCUCUUUCCAGAACUGCUUGAAGAAAACUGCUGGGAGUUACAAAGACGUGCUGCACCAGAAGAGCGGUUCAUUGUUACUGUAACCAACUGUAUUAUUUUGUGAAAUAUUUCUAUAAAUAUUUAAGAGGUGUACACAUAUGUAAUAUAGAAGGAACGGAUGUAAAGUAAUAGUAUGAUCGGGUUUCUCCACUCUUGCCGGAGUGGGCAUGAAGGCCACACAGGGCCCCUCCCUGUGCCACAACCAAGCUUAACUUAGUCUUAAAUUCCAGCAUAUGUUGCUGCUGCUUAAAUAUUGUAUAAUUUACUUGUAUAAUUCUAUGCAAAUAUUGCUUAUAUAAUAGGAUUAUUUUGUAAAGAUUUCUGUUUAAAAUAUUUUAAAUUUGCAUAUCACAACCCUGUGGUAGUAUGAAAUGUUACUGUUAACUUGCAAACACGCUAUGCGUGAUAAUUUUGUUGUUUAAUGAGCAGAUAUGAAGAAAGCACGUUAAUCCCGGUGGCUUCUCCAGGUGUAGUCAGAUGCAGUUCUCCAAUCUUUGUGUGUGUGUGAACACGUGUGUGAUUUCCCAGUGUACUAUACUGUGAUUUAUGGGGUUUUUUUUUGUUUGUUUCUUCUCAUUGUCUGCAACCCUUAGUGGGCUCUGACCUAGUCAGGCUGGAAGAGUCAGGACAUCUUCAUUGCUUCAUGCUGGUAGAGGGCGAGCCCUCAACAUCACCUUAUCCUUUUGCCAGACUUAACUUCAAGUCCAGGCCUCUCUUAGGAUCAUUGACUACCAUCCUGGCACCCCAGUUUAUGCCUCACAGAAGUUCCUUCUCAUGGAUCAUUGUGAUAGACAGUAGAUCUCAGGGUAUAGAGCCCACAUCUCUUCAUCUUCAUUGGUGUUAAAGAAUUAGAUCACAUGCUUAGUUGUGGGCCUCAGUGGGGCCCUGAGUGUGUACUCUAAAAUAUGCAGCCUUCAUUGUACCUCUCUCAUCACACACACACACACACACACACACACACACACACAAUAUCACCCCUCGCCACCCCAAUUUAAGGAUGGAUUAGAAAUCUUUUGGAUACAAAGGUCCUGCUACUGGUAGAAAAAACUAUUAAUUUUGGGUCAGCAGUACACCCAAAGGUGAUAUUUUGAGUCCCUACACUUUAAACUCCCUCUCUUUCUAAAUUGCACAGCUGGUUGCAACUUUCUGGAUCUGUUUGCAUCUUUUUUAAAAAUAAAUAGUGAGCAUCCAAUAUGGUGAUUCAGAGUCAGAGUUCUAUAGGAUGUGAGCUUCAGAAGGAUCCUUGUCAGUGUGUCAAUAUGUUGGGUGCAAACCUCCCACAUAAGGCAUCUCCCUCAUCUCAUCAUUCUUCGUGUUCUUUCUAUGUGGCAUUGAUUGAAGAGCAGAAAGAUGCUAAUUGCUUGUACCCACUGAAGAAUGUAUAUCGAGGCAGAUCUCAACCAGCCAUAGUUUCUAAAGAUUUGCUUCUGUAUCUGUUCUGUCAUCCUGCUCUGAGGUUUGGUCUUCCUCUCCUGAUAGCCAGAGACCAGCCAAUGUCUGGGGAGCACUUGGUACCCAGACUAAGCUACUGUUGGAGUGCACAAUGGCAGCCCCAUGAUGCCCUCCUGUUUUACAUGGAAAAUCUUCAUCAAAAGACCAAGGCCCCCCAGCAGUACCAGCAGUGUAGUAACCUCAGACCCUACAACUCUCCACAAAUAUGUAAGAUAAUAAUUGGAAGCCACCUGUGGCUGCUAAGUUUGUGUGUGUUAAUAUGCCAGGGGCCCUGAUCGCCCCACUGCUACUGUUUGGUGGCUCUGUCAGCCAUACUGUCUGUCUACCUAACACCCAGCUCUGCUCAGAAAACUUAGGUCUUGUGUUCAGGAGAGAGAUGAUGCAAAAUGAUGAGGCCUGCUUCCCUCUGGCUCUGGGCGUGCCCGCCUUCUUCCCCAGCUCGGCAAGUGUGGUGAGUGAUGGCUUUGCACAGCCCCUGCUCGCUGCACAGUGAAGAACCUCUUCUGGGCUGGCAGGCAAUUAGAAUUUGUCUCUCUCUCUCUCUUUUUAAAAUAGUUUUAUUUUGUCUGUCUUGUUUGUUCAUUUGGAUGUUUUAAUUUUUUAAAAAAAUCUUUGCUGAUAUUUAUAAUUUUGUAUCAUAAGAAUGUUUUCCUACAGUAUUUGUCAUGCCAGUUUAUAACAGAAAAAAAUGCAGGGAUUUUAUUUCUAUUGGAAACACUAUUACAGCUAUGUUUUACUUUCGAACAGAAUUUUUAUUUGUAUAGAGUGCUUACUAAUGUUAAAUAGUUCAGAGUAUAUAACAUUUUCAUUAAGGACUCAUGUUAGGUUUUAGUGUAAGGAGUUUAAAGGAAAUAAAUAUUCAAACUGGGUCUCAUUGUCUGCCAGUUUUGGUGGAAAUGGGUUUGUGUCAUUUCAAUUACAAAGAUAAAAGUAUGCCAUAUAAUUUAUUUAUAUGAAAAUUUAUUUUUGUAGUGUACAUAGUAGUCGUCAAGUCUUUUGACAGAAGUAUAUUUUUAAAGAAUUUAUAUGUGAUGAAUCCGUAAUGUCUGUAACUUUGCUGAGACAUGAGUGGGGCACACUUUUCAUUGUAAAGUACAGCAAGGAAAAGAAAAUGUUAACAGUGUUAAGAGAGUGAGAUCGAGUGAAUAUUCAUGCAAUUAUGAAACAUGAAUUAGAUACCAUUUGUGACCUAGUGUGGUUCUCAUUUUAAACUUUGGAAGAUGAAAAUGUACAAACUCUCUAAAUAUUAAUGUUCAAACACUGAUAGAAGUUCUAACAUGAAUAAAAAAUAAUAUAACUACGUGGUUAUGUCCUUGUUUAUAGAAUGUUUUUUAACAAAAGUCUUUUACUAAGGCACUCCGUGUGUUGGGCCAUCAUAAACUUUGUUGUUCUGUCACAGCUUUGUUAAAUACUUGGUUUUUAUUCUACAUAUGAAGGUAGUAUUGCUAUAAAAAGAGUUAUCUUUUUUAUUUUCUGACACUAAGGGAGUUCCUAAAUUACCCUUCAAAAUGAUCCCUCCUGUCUGUCAUCUCUUAGCAUUCUGAUUUUUUGUACAUGAUGCUUAAUUUGAGGGAACAUUAUUACAAAGAUAAAUGUAAUGAUUAUUAAAAUAAAUGAAGGUGUCAUACUUAAGCAGUACAGCUGAUAAUAUGGGGCUGAUUGAACCUGAUUCAGACUGUUAUUUUCUGAGUGCUUAGGGUAUGAUUACAGCUUAUCUUCAUCAUAGUCAUGGAGAAAAAUUGGACCAGGAAUAUCAUCCCCAUUUUACAGCUGAAAACAAGGAGUGGUGGGGAAGACCCCAGUUACUGUAAGCAUGUGGUGAGAGGUCAGCAAACUACAGUCCCUGGGCUGCCUCCUGAUUUGUCAAGAUUGGUCAAAAUACAGACACACCCACUUAACGAUCUGGCUGUCACUCACCGCUUUUGAGCUACCAGGGCAGAGAUGAGUAGUUGCAACGCAGGUUCUAUGGCCUGUGAAUCCUAAAACACUUGCUAACUGGCCCUAAGAGUUUGAUGCCCCACCUGAAGAAAAGGUUAUCAGACAUGGUUUAUGCUCAUGUGGGCUGCAGAUUGUCAACAUCAGCAUCCCUUGCAAACUUGCUAGAAAAGCAGAAUCUCCAGUGCCACCCAAAAUCUGCCAAUUCAGAAAAUCUGGUAGGGAGGCCCAGGAAUCUGCGCUUUAAGGAGCUGUCCUGGUGGUUUUGAUGUACCCGCAGAGGUGAUUCCUAAAUUCCUUCCAGCUGAAUGUAGUCAUAGUUCUAUAAUUUGUCUCAGGCAACAUGGCCAGUGCAGGCCAGAUCUGGAAACAACAUUGAUCCCAAGUCCUGUGUGUGGUCUUUUCAUAAAAACACAUGUUCAUCUGUGGGAAAGAGCCUAGGCCCUUGAGCUCUAUGUCAGGGAGUCUCCAGAGAGGCAUUCCCUUUCAGUGCUCUGCCACUGCUGGGGGCAGGAGCUCUGUGCUGCCCGCCAGAGAUCUGUGUGGGGCUCCUGAUCUAACUGGAUAGGCAGGCGGGCCACCACAACCCAAUUCCGAGUCCCACCUUCUGACUGAGAGGAUUUUAGUUUGAGAGUCCGACUUAGACAAUUCACUUUGAGUCUGUGUCUGCCCCUAUAUAAAUUAAGAUUAUGCGUGUCCCUUACAACAACGAUGAUGAGGUCUAGACCAGAGGGGGACGCUAAAAGUUAACGGAAAAACCCCCUAUGUGGACUUGUCAGUGAGUUCCAGUUCAGUCACCACUCAGAGUUCCUGAUCUCCAGGGAUAAGGGCCCUCUUACAAAUGGAUGAGAGAAGCUAUGGGGAGAUUUUAUACUCAUGCGUCCCUAAGUGAAGGCAUUUGAGGUAAUAAAUACAGUAAACUGACCAAAGAAUAAGAUGUUCUGGUAAAACAAUGUCCAGGAAAAAAAAAAAUGUUCAGCCCA